UUUGUUAGACAUGCUUUCUGAAACAGGGCCCAGGAGCGACAAAACCAGGGCCUGUAGGACCUACCUUGUUGAUAGUGUUGUUAAGAAGGCAGAGCAGUGCUUUAUUAUGGACAGACUUCUCCCCAUUUUAGCUACUGUUGUAUCAAUAUGUUUAGACUAAUCCAUGGUUACGCCAAGCAGUUUAGUCACCUCAACUUGCUCAAUUUCAUUACGACUUGUCCCAAAUACAAUGUUUUUAGUUUUGGAAAUAUUUAGGACUAACUUAUUCCUUGCGACCCAUUCCCGAAACUAACUGCAGCUUUUUGUUAAGUGUUGCAGUAAUUUCAGUCCCUGUAGUGGCUGACGUGUUGAGUUAUCCGCGUAAUAUAGACAUACUGGCCUUACUCAAAGCCAGUGUGGAUCACAUUUAGCCACUUGUGCAACUUAUAUUGAAGACUUUAAACACAUUUUUUAUGAUAUUUUGCAUACUUAAUUCGUGUCAUAUGUCCCGAAUAUUUGCAAGUUAUUAUUAAUAGUAUAAAUGUUUAGAAAGUCUAAAUCGAUUUGUUCGACUGUACUGAUUCGGUACUCCACUAUACAGCCUAAACUCGUCGACCUCGACACAACUGCGAUGUCCUGUGCUAACGUUAUCCAAGUCUUAGUUUAGCAAUUCCCUUUGUAUUCAAACUACAUGCAAUACUAGAUAGCUAGCUAUGUCUACAACCUCUAAAGUUGUACUGGGUGUUUCUGUGAUACUUACGGUGAGCACAGUUGCAGGAGUGCACCUCAAGCAAAACUGGGAUCAAGAGAAACUUCAUGCGGGAGUACUUAGAGACAUUGAACGUUUGGAGAGGAAGAGCGAGAACCUGCGAGUGCUCGAGCAACAAAGAAGUCUGACCAAGGAGCUCAAGGCAGAGCGCGACAGGAGAGAAUCGGGGCAGCAGGGCUCCGACCAACCCCAGGAGUAGACUGUCUGACUCCACCUGGUUAUGAUGGAAAGAGGUGUUGAGCAGAGGAGCCAAGUGGAAGAUGAGGCCAUGUGCACCUCUGCCUCGGAGGGGCUGGAGGAGGGUGAGGUGGAGGGCGAGACACUGCUC